AAGUUUUAUCUAAAAACUUAUCGAUAUCUAAAAGGUCGUAAAUCAACAAUUUUCUUAACUUGCAACAUAGUUGUACCUUAUGCAAACAACAGUAUCUCCAAAGUGAUCGGAAGACAGCGGACCAAUUACCACGUGUACCAAGUGUACACGUCUCCUAACGGUAUGCUCCAGUUUAUCUGGUACACAGUAUACCAGUCGUAAGACGCUUGUCGAUGAACGAGCAUGCAUCCCGCGUCUCUAGAUGAUGCACCUUCGCGUUUUCAUCAAUUAAUUACGAAGAUAGAAUUGGGAGCACAGCUCGCAAUUGGACAAAGGGCCUUGACUACGAGCUUAAAAAACUGACGACGCUGCUCGUCGUUUAAUUGACUUUGUGUCGGCUUUGUUCCUGGAUGCACUCUGCUCGGACUUCUCAUUUAGUUUCCACUUCUACCACGCGAGUUCAUUGGCAUUGAUCGUUAGUUUCACUGCCUCAUAAGGAACAUGACCAUCGUCGGACACUGAUUCCUCCGCGCGACGGCGGAUCGAAAGGAAGAUUGAGUGAAAGCAAGGGAACGAGGCGUUUAUAUGUGCGCGGGAACCACCUGUCGCACCGCGUGACCUAUUUGAAAAAGCGCGGACUAUUCAAAAAUAUUAUUUGGAACUUGCGAUUACCAUUACAGACUAUAUGUCCCGAGUAAUAACGUCAACAGAAGUCUAGCAAAAACCGCAAAGAUAUCAAACGACCAAGGACGAGAAUAAAUUUAAAAAAAGAUAAAAAAUCGAGUGCAACGCAUUCUCUAGCCACAAAGACAUUACCAGUCGCUAUCCGUCUUAGCAGUUCACCGUGGGCAUUGGAACAGGCUGCUGUGCACGUCCACGCUCGGUACAGCCACUGAUAAAUUAGCGAAACUCCACUGGAAAUGACUUUUACACGUUAGAAGAGAAACUGUAGUUGGCAUACGAAGAGUACGAAUCGGUAACCGCGGCAGCAAGUCAAACAAACAUGGCGAGUGUUGACAGAAAUCUGGAGGAGCUGAUGUCUCAUCUGGGUGAAUUCGGUAAAUACCAGUGUUGGCAGUUCUCUCUGCACAUCAUCGGUGCCCUGACGGCAGGUUUGCAUAUGCUGACCUUGUUGACCGUCGCCGCAGUGCCUCCCUACGAGUGCAACAUCCCAGAAUCCACCUUCCCAAACAUCACAGACCCCAAUACCAACGUAUCCUUAACAGAACUUCCCCGAGCGAUCGACUCGUGCCAUUACUUGGACACCGAAAAUGUCAUCAAAGACUGCGAAUCGUGGACAUACGACACCCGGUACUUCCAGUCAUCUCGUGGGAUGGAAUGGAACUUCGUGUGCUCCCAAAGAUGGAUGGGCGCAGUGGCACAGUCUACCUACAUGUUCGGUGUGUUCUUCGGCGCGGUGACACUGGGCAGUCUGGCGGAUAAGCAUGGCAGAAAGAUAAUCUUUUACGUGUCAUCCGUGGCCCAACUGGUCUUGGGAGUAUCAGUGGCCCUGAUCAACAACUACUACUUCUUCCUGGUCAUAAGGUUCCUCUACGGGAUCUUCGGUUCAGCGGGGGCCUACAUAACAGGUUUCGUCCUGACCAUGGAGCUAGUGGGCGCGUCGAAGAGGACCGUCUGCGGAGUGAUGUUCCAGCUGGCCUUCGCUACCGGCUUCAUGCUAGUAGCCGUCUGGGGUGCCGUCAUCAAGGACAGAAUGUGGCUUCAGAUAGUGUACGGACUGCACAGCGCGCUGCUGAUAGGCCACUGGUGGCUGAUGGACGAGUCUCCCAGAUGGCUCUGGGCGCAAGGGCGCAUCAGCGAAGCCCUGGUAAUCAUCCGGAAAGGACUGAGGAUGAACGGGAAUAAUGUGGAGAUUGAUACAGAGAAACUGAUCAGCGAAGGGAAAAUGCGCAACACGGAGCAGGAGGACCGUUCAUAUGGGGCGAUUGAUCUUUUUAAGACCCCAAAUCUCAGGAAGAAGACAUUGAACGUCUGUCUGAACUGGUUCGCCAACUCCAUAGUGUAUUAUGGAUUGUCUUUGAACUCAGGUAACUUGGUGGGCAAUCCAUUUCUGAUGCUAUUCCUGAACGGUCUGGUCGAGCUGCCUGCUUAUAUUCUGAUCUGCCUGGUGAUGGACCGUACUGGCAGAAGGUGUCUGGUGAGUACCUUCAUGCUGAUCGGCGGUGUGUGCUGCAUCCUUGCCUCCACUAUACCCACCGGCACGGACAUUUCUUCCGCUGCCAUCGUGACCAUGGUUUUAGUCGGGAAAGCCUGCAUAGCUGUCUCCUUCGCAGUCAUCUACAACUACACCGCUGAACUGUUCCCCACAGUGGUCAGGAACACAGCCCUCGGUAUCGGGUCGAUGUGCGCCCGUCUCAGUGGUUCGCUGACCCCACUGAUAAUGCUGCUAGACUCCUUCAAUCCCAAAGUUCCCGCAGUUUUGUUCGGCUUCGUCGCUUUGGUGUCCGGUUUCCUAUCUCUUUACCUGCCAGAAACGGUGAACCAAGCCAUGCCAGAGAGCAUCGAGGACGGGGAGAAUUUCGGCAAACACGAUACUUGCUUCACCACGUGUAUGGGGACGAGAAGGAAAAGCAGUUCUAGUUAUGAAGUUACUAUGGACCAGUUGGGCGAUAAAGAUGAAAAGGAAAAGCUGAAUCAAACGGAAAGUGCAAAAGAGAGUCCACGUUAAUUUGAAGGAGGAAAAUACCUUAAAUGCAAAUUCUGCCACUUUUAAUCGUGGUAUGACUGCCAUUAUGAUACUGUGGAUUUUUGGUUGGGUACGUUGUAUGCUUGCUAAGGUUAACCUAACAAUCAUUCGGAAUCUUGCCACCAGAUGAUGUUACCACGUUGACUGCCAUAAUGAAAAAUGGCGGAUGUGAUCACAUACAGCUGAUACAGGGUCAAUUUUUGCAAUUUGUUGUACUAUAUUUUUAUUUAAAUAUUAAAAAUAGUUAGAAGUUCAUUACUUUUCUACUUCAACUAUUUUUCAUGUAAAUAUGACAGUCAACGUGUUAAAUGUUGUUUAGAUUUUAUAUUUAAUUUGGUUUGUGCUCAUUUGUUCUUUCUAUGGAAUUAUUUGGAAAGACUGACUCCAUUCCAAAAUAUAUUUACUAUCAGACUCAAUUAUUUGCUG